AUGCCUCUGGCCCCACUCGGCGAUCCGUUCGGCCUCACACCGGAAAAUGUGAACACGACACCUUCGCCUGAACAACCACCGAAACCGUGGAAUAUACUCUCCGCAGCACCGAGAAGCAUGAAAUCAGAGACAAUCAGGUAUGAGCAUUCGACGAGAAGGCUGAAACCCGAGAGACCUCCUCAUUUCGCAUUUGAAGUGACAUUCCGGAUGCAUCGUGACAACUGGCUGGAGUUGAUGUUAUUGGUUGUCAUUUCUCCUACAUAUCUUUCCCAACCGCUUAAUUCCUUUGCAUCGCCUGUCAUCCCGUUGAUCAUCGACUUCCUCGAGCACGAGCUAGUAUCGUCACCAUUCCUGUCUGUGGCUAUAGUCCAGUGA